AUGGAAUCUAUCAUUGAUAAUUACAUCAACACGGAUCGCAAAAAGGCUGGAGGAUACUCGGGAGUCUUCAAAAUGAAUUCAAAGGAGAAAAAGCGCCAAGCGGACAAGAAACAAAACAGUGCUGAGAAAGGCAAACGUAAGGCUGGAGGAGCCUCCGGGGGCGCCAAAACGAAAUCAAACGAGGAACAGCGGCAAGCGGAUAAGAAGCAAAACAGCGCUGAAAAAGGUAACCGUAUGGCUGGAGGAAUUGCCGGAGUCGUC